UCCCAGAAACGGCGCAGCAGGACGCCUGUCUUAGCCAGCCGCGCCUCAAUCCUUUGCAUGAGAGUUUUGCAACGAAAGACAACAACUUGGAAAGUGCUUUUUAGCGGAGUUAAGAGAGAAAGUCGGAAGGAAAGGAAAGGGGAGGGGCGAAGUGAGCUGAUGGAGUCGGAGAUGAGAUAGCCUUCUGCUCUCUAUCUAUCUCCCCAUCCUCCCUCUUCCAGCCACCGGGGUCGGACAGCCACGCACUGCGCCGCUUCUGUUCCGGAUGAUGUGACUCUUCUGUUCAGGCGGAUCUCCGGUUAUCAUCGUCCAUUUUUUUUUAAAUUUAUUUUAUUUUUUGUCAGCACAAAGGCAGCCCCAUCCUUCCAUUUGUGCCAGAUUGAGAGUCAGCCGGACUUUGCGCACAGUUCAGCCAGAGGAGGCUCCUCACCUCGGUGAUGGUGAGCGCUGGUGCAGUCAUGUGGCAGGGGAUUCAGAUUUGCUUCACGCUGUUUGCGCUGCAUUCGGCAGCAGCGCCGGCACACAUCAACCGUCUGGCACUGUUCCCUGACAAGAGUGCCUGGUGCGAAGCCAAGAACAUCACGCAGAUUGUCGGGCACACAGGAUGUCAGCCUCGCUCUAUUCAGAACAGAGCCUGUCUGGGCCAGUGCUUCAGCUACAGCGUCCCAAACACGUUCCCACAGUCCACAGAGUCCCUGGCGCACUGUGACUCCUGCAUGCCUGCCCAGACACAGUGGGAAGUGGUGACCCUGGAGUGCCCUGGUAGUGAGGAUUCCCCACGGGUGGACAAGCUGGUGGAGAGGAUCCUCCACUGCAGCUGCCAGUCAUGCAGUAAGGAAACUGGCCAGGAGGGGGCAGUGAUGCAGCUGUAUCCAGCAGACAACACCCUGGAUUCAGCGCCUUCUCUAUCUGAUCCCCUGAUUGCAGAUCCGUCCCACUCAGAUAACCUCUCUGUCAAACAAUCCAAGCCUCAUGCAGAUCAUCAUCACACGCUGCCCCACUCAUCAGGCGGGGGUUAGAACCACCUGCUUAUCCACAGUAAUGACUCUGCACAUCUUCUUUUCACUCUCCUCCACACUGCUUCCUAUGUACCAGUUUGUAUUACUAUUGUGGCACUUUGAAUCUGGCACCCCCCCAGAGAUCUGUGAUUUCGGAAUGAGCUCACAUAAAUACCACACUCUAUUUUUUUAAUAAUACUUACAGGUGUCUUGUGACUAUAGCCGGUUGUAUACUGUAGGGCUUUUUUUUCUGCUUUGAAUGUCAUAAAUACUCUGUUUGAGGUAACUAUCUCUAAUGUUGUAUGUAUGUUAAUAAAUCAUGAUUCGUAUCCAGUUAGACAAA